AUGUCAUUCCGACAAGACAAGUUACUCUUGCUACUUGAAACUGGAACUUCUCAGCAAGUCCGACGAACAGCAGCUAAGCAAUUGGCAGAUUUGGCAGUCAAGACUUUCCAUUCUUCUUUACCCAAACAAGACCCCAGUGAAGUUGAAGUCGAUGUUAAGCCUGACCUGGGAGAUAAUGGGGUUGUCAAAAUCGACGCCAAGUUCAACGAGGAUGAUGCGUGGAGUGAAGCUUUAGAAACUAUAGGAAAGAUAACACCUCGACUCAAAUCAAAAUCCAGUGAAACGAGACAUGCCGCCGCUCAUGCGUUAGGAUUAUUAGCAGCUGCUCUACCUCCUUACUCGGGUCAUACCACGGAUAUCAAGGACACUGCUGAGAAGGUGAACGUGAAAGAGGUGAUCAGAACAGGUCAGACGUUAUUGGCUUCUGCAGGAAGAGAAUAUAUCGGGAGAGGAACGGCAGCUGAUAAAGCUAAACGACGGAAAGCCAUGAUGGGUUCACUUGGACUUGGAGAUGGAUUGGGAUGGGGCGAAGAUGUUGAUAAAGUCAUCGGGGAUGAUGAUGAAGAUAAUGAUGAUCCAAGUGGCUCAUUGUUGGAGAAGGAAGCCACGCCUAGUGAACCGCCGAAAGACGUGUUCGAAGGGCUGAGCGCUAGACAAGUCAUGAUGCUCAAACGGAAAAAGGGGAAUAUCGUUGAAGAGGCAAACAAAUUACGCAAACUGAACGAAGGUGCAACUAGCACUUCAGUAUCACAAUCACCUUCCGCUCCAACUACUCCUGUCCUGGUCGACGCACAACCCUUACCCGAGGAAAACAAAGUCGUCAUUGAUCCAGGAGCCAAAGCUCUUCUCUCCUCCACACGAGGAGGUGCUAUCGAUCCUGUCCUUGAUGCAGAUGGGAACCCAAUUAUCCCCACUCCCACCACUACCCUCUCUCUCGUUCCGGGACAAACACCAUGGUGUACAGUACUCUUGGAACUAACACCUGGGUUGAGAGAUCCGAUAUGGCAAAUCCGUCAUGGCGCCUCAUUAGGCAUCAUGGAGGUCCUCCGAUCAACAGGUUCCACAUUUACACCCAUCAUCUUGAUAAAUAUAGCGAGACAACUGUUAGUCCUCAUGGCUCUGGAUCGAUUCGGUGAUUUUCUUGGGGAUACCGUCAUGGCUCCAGUCAGAGAAACGGCGGCUCAAGCUUUAGGAGUGUUGCUAAAAUUUCUUCCUCCACAAGGAGUCAAAGAGGUUCACGAUGUUUUGGUGGAAAUGGUCAAGCAGUCUUGGGCAAAACGUUACAAAGCAGCGGAGGGAAAGGAGAAAUGGGAAAAGUUUUCAUGGGAGAUUAGACAUGCGGGAUUGUUAGGGCUCAAGUACGAAGUUGCCGUGAGGCCUGAUCUGUUGGUUGGUGGAGUGAAGACGGAAAUCGAGCGUGAAGACGUUAAAGUCAAGUCGGAAGAGAAACAGGUCAACAUUGAAGAAGAAAAGAUGAUCGACAAUGAUUUAAAGGGGAGCACAGGUGGAUUUCUGGAAGACGUCGUCGAUUCAGCUAUUUUGGCAUUGAGAGAUGUCGACGAUGAUGUUCGAGCUGUAGCAGCAACUGCUUUACUGCCUAUAGCUGACAUUCUUGCCAAUAAAUUGACACAGAAACAGCUAGAGAUGCUCAUGACGACUCUGUGGGAUUGUUUGAACGGAGAUGGUGAUGAGUUGGGUUCAUCGACUGGAGCAGUCAUGGAUCUGAUUGGCUCAAUGGUCACUCAUCCACCUGUCAUUGAACUGAUUUCCGUCUCCCCUCGUGAACUCAUCGAACGAACCUUUUCCUACGUUCGUCACCCAAUCUCUUCCGUACGUCUCGCAGUGGCCAAGAUUCUUCACAGAUUCACCACACUUCCUGAGUUCGACCGUACCGAGUGGAUGUAUGAAGACUACAUCCAAAUGCUUUUCGGGAUCCUCGUACUGGAAGAACGUGCCGAUAUCCGUCAGCUAUCAUCAGAAUCAUUCCAAGUUGGAUUGCGAGAAAUCGCGGAAGAUAGCGGUGAACAUCAUAGCAUGUGUCUUCUUUCAGAAUGGUAUGGACUCGUCAUGACUCCUGUCGGUCAACCACUUAAUCCAAAUUACUUUCAUUGGCCUGAGCAAAUGGUAUAUGGCGGACAUAACGUUGAUAAGGCCAUGAUGGAAGGAGAUUUAGGAUUGAUCAGUACUGAAGAUAUGUUGGAAAGACGUGUUACAGCCGCAAAAGCUUUGGCCUUCCUUCGACAAUUCGACAUCGAAGCGGAUGGUGAUGAGGAUGGAUCUGACAUGGAAGUUGAUGAGAAAGAAGGGGAUGAGUCUAUUAUGGAGGUGACGGAUGUGAAGAUGUUGAAAAGAUAUCUUCAAUCAGGAUCAGCACAUCAGAUGGCUUUUGCUGCUAUAAUCAUACAAGAAUGGGCCUCAAGUCAAUCCGAGGUAUAUGAUUACUCUCCAGACAGUGAUCAUUCUGUCAAAUCAUAUCUCUCUCAAUCAUUGAUAUCCCUUCUGGAAGCAGGCUAUCCUUCUACAUACAGCGAAAUGAUCACCACUCUUCAAUCAAUUCAUUCCGAAUGUACCAACCUUCUUUCCUCCUUCUCCACCCAAGGUAAAUUAUCCAAAGAGAAAAUCCCCUCUUUACCUAAAAAGAUAGAUCCGUCUUCAACAUCUACAACCUCAACGGCCAACACCUUUUCACUUCUUACAGCUCAACAAGUCGUCGGACCGACAUUUGACAACCUCGUUUCACUUUUAUCGAAACAUUCUCAAAAGGCAGUAUUACCAAGCCUGAAAGAUCGUCAGAGGAGAAUAAUCAGUUCCAUAGGUUAUUUCGCGGUGAUGAAAGAACGCUACGAUACCCAAGUUUUCUCUUCUAUCUCUGGGGCUAUCGUAUCCCUCAAGAUCAUGCCGCAGAAGUUAGGACCAGUCAUCAAAGCUCUCAUGGAUGCAGUGAGGAAAGAAGAAUCUGAUCUACAUCAGAAGAGGGCGGCGAGAAGUGUAGCGGAUUUCGUGGGAUAUUGCGGAUCGGAAGAGUUUAAGGGAAAGGUUAAUCCAUGUGAAAAGGUAGUAAAGAAUCUUUUUACGUUUUUGUGUCAAGAUACAACCGUGACGCCUGUUUUCGUUUUGUCUACAGAAGGGAUAAUGUCGUUGAAAGAGAAGGAAGAAAAGAAAGAAGGGAAGAAGGUCAAAGUAGAAGAACAAGAGGAGACAGAACAAGAGAGGAUGAUGCGGAUUACCAGAAGAGGAGCUUUAGAGGCUUUCCGUGCGUUAGCCAGCAAGUUUGGAGAGAAAGCUUUGGACAAAGUUCCGAAGUUAUGGGAAGGUAUGAAUGGGGCAUUGGAAAAGUAUUUCUCGUCUGACUCGGCUCCUGAAGCAAUAGACCAAGUAUUCAGUGCGGAAGGAGGUAUUCAAGCUGGUCAAGAUGUCCUCGACGCACUCACAAGUAUCCGUCUCAUCCUCCCCGAGUUGCAUUCGAAUCUGCACGACAAAGUCGGAGGACUACUACCAUCUAUCAUUCUGGCAUUACAGAGCUCGUAUGCCGUCGUAAGACUUUCAGCGGCGAAAUGUUUGGCGACGAUGUGUGAGGUGAUGACGGAGAAAGCGAUGAAAGAAGUUGUUGAUAGGGUCGUACCUUUGAUCGGGGAUGCAAAAAGGGAGUCGGCCAGGAGAGGUGCAGUGGAGGCUGUUCAUCACAUCAUCAAACAACUUGACAUCGUUGCUUUACCCUAUGUACUUUUCCUUAUCGUCCCGAUUCUUGGACGUAUGUCCGAUCCUGAUCCCCCCACCAGGCUGUUGUCAACUACUACCUUUGCAAGUUUGGUCAAGAUGGUCCCUCUCGAAGCUGGUCUUCCCGAUCCUCCAGGUUUCUCACCUGAACUAUUGGCGAAAAGGGACGAAGAGAGAAAAUUUUUAAUGCAGUUGUUGGAUGGUAGUAAAGCUGAGGGGUACGAAAUUCCUGUGAAGGUCAAUGCGGAAUUGAGAGGGUAUCAGAAGGAAGGUGUCAGUUGGUUGGCAUUUUUGGCAAAGUAUCAAUUACAUGGGAUUCUCUGUGACGAUAUGGGUCUUGGAAAAUCUAUACAAACAAUCUGCAUCAUCGCAUCAAAAAUCCACGAACGCACUGUCAAACACUCACAAUCCCAUUCUACCGAUUCUACCCCUUUGCCAUCUCUCAUAGUUUGUCCGCCUACUUUGACAGGACAUUGGUACCACGAAAUCCUCAAAUUCGUCCCCACUCUCCGUCCUCUGGAAUAUGUCGGCACCUCCAUCCAACGCUCAUCCCUGCGUUCUUCUUUCCAAUCGCACGACAUAAUCAUCGCCUCGUACGAGGGUGUAAGAGCGGAUAUUGCGGAUUUGAGCAAGAUAGAUUGGUUGUAUUGCGUAUUGGACGAAGGACACAUUAUCAAAAAUGCCAAAACCCGGUUAGCGGAAGCUGUCAAAAAGCUCAAAGCGCAACAUAGAUUGUUACUUUCCGGUACACCGAUACAGAAUAACGUAUUGGAAUUAUGGAGUCUGUUUGAUUUCCUCAUGCCGGGUUUUCUGGGGAGUGAGAGAGUAUUUAAUGAUAGGUUUUCGAAACCUAUUUUGGCGGAUAGAGAGGGGAAGGCUACUCCGAAAGAACGAGAGCUGGCUGCAUCGGCUCUGGAAGCAUUACACAAACAAGUCCUUCCUUUCCUCCUUCGAAGAUUGAAAGAAGACGUAUUAUCCGACCUCCCACCCAAGAUCAUCCAAGAUUAUCACGUCGAACUGUCUCCCAUCCAACAAGCAUUAUACGACGAAUUUGGUCGAUCUCAAGCCGCCGAAGAAGCUGGGGAAGCUGUACAAUCUCAAUCUGCCGCUCCAGGUCAAGGACACGUCUUUCAAAGUUUACAAUAUCUUCGAAAAUUAUGCAAUCAUCCAGCUUUGGUCUUGGAGAAUGAACCUCAGAAAUUUGUCGAGUUGGAAAGAAAGUUGGGUAAAUUGGCUCCGAUGCACGAUAUCUCUCAUUCUCCUAAACUUGAAGCUCUUCGGCAAUUACUUCUAGAUUGCGGUAUAGGUCUUCCACCUUCAGAAAAAAUAUCAAACGAUAUUGAUUCUCAUCGUAUUCUAAUUUUCUGUCAACUUCGACCAAUGUUAGAUCUCAUCGCCAAUGAUCUUUUCGGUAAACUCAUGCCUUCCGUAACGUACAUGAGAUUAGACGGUACUACCGAUCCACGUAAACGUCAUGCUAUAGUACAGACUUUUAACGCCGAUCCAAGGAUUGAUGUUUUGUUACUCACCACCAGUGUAGGAGGAUUGGGUUUGAAUUUGACAGGAGCGGAUACGGUCAUUUUCGUGGAUCAUGAUUGGAAUCCUAUGAAAGAUUUACAAGCUAUGGAUAGAGCGCAUAGAUUAGGACAGAGGAAAGUUGUCAAUGUUUAUAGGUUGAUAACGAGAGGUACUUUGGAAGAGAAGAUUAUGGGUCUACAAAGAUUUAAACUAAACAUCGCUUCUUCUGUCGUCACACAGCAAAACGCAGGAUUGGGAAGUAUGAACACUGGUGAAGUUUUAGAUUUAUUCAAAUUAAGUACGGAAGAAAAAGGAGGAGGAUCCAAAACAAAAAUUUCGAAUGGUCCCACCAGUAUGAGUAAAGUAUUGGAAGGUCUUGAGGAUCUACCACCUGAUGACGAAUACGCAGAAUUGUCAUUGAGUAAUUUCAUGAGUAAAGUCUGA